AUGCACAUGCAUAUCAGUCCGAAAUCUCUCGAAAUACGUACUCAUCACCUACUGCUCGCUUCUCGUCCCCUCUGUCUGGCAGUCACUAUCCGGGGAUGCUCGUUUGCAUUUAUUAUCGUAAUUACGGCACAGCGCGUUGCUCAAUUCAUCACAGCGCAUCUUGCCAAUAAGCCUCUUCGCACGGACGUCCAGGACGAGCGCGCUCAAGCUGACAUGCUCUGUCCGAACCUGCGGAAGCACAAGAGGGGUGGUCGCAAUGGCCAAGAUCAUCUAGAUCCCAGCAUACUCAAUCGUGCGCACAUGCCGGCCGCACUGUUCGCAAUACUGCCGCCAAAGAUAAAGGGGGUUUAUGUUGGUCUCAUGGUCAUUCGACCACCGCUAAGCGCCACUCAAGACAUCCAAUAUACGCAAUACAAGAUCCAAGAUGCGUCCAAGAAUGAGUUUGUCCCGCUAGCGCUGCGCCCGACGGAUGAGUGGUCAAAUUUCUUCACUCUUAACGCCUCAAUCAAGAUCCUUACGGCGACCACUUGCGAAACGCCCGAGAUCUCAUGA